AUGUCCGCUGCAGGCAGCGGCAGCGCAAUUGAUGCAAUUGACGCCGCCGUCGAUUACGAUGGCCAGCUGAAGGCGCCGGCGCAAGUGGCAAGUCUGCGGAAGGCGGCGGCAAAGCAGCGUUUCUGCGAUGGAAACCCAAGCAACCCAGGGGGCGUCUCGACAAAGGAGACGGGCUCGGUCUGGGAAGGGGCGCGUCUGAAGAUCCACGCGCUGGCUCGCGACAUCGCAUUGGCGAGGCCGGCGGCCUCGAGGUCUCCGAUGCUGUUCUGGCGGAGGCUGGCCAGCUCCACGCCGCCAGGCUGGGGCUUUUCAGCGUCGGCGGCGCCGUCGGCCCGCGGAGAGACGCGGCGCGCCAAGUCACGCGCGAGUCAACGCCGCCCAGAAAACGGCAACGGGAUCAAGCCGCGCCAGCUGCCGGCGGUAAAAUGGCCGGACUUUUGCACCGGAGGCCGGCCAAGUCGAUGA